AUGUCGGCGAGAUUGAGGGCGAGCUUCCUUGGAAAAGCUAGCUACAUUUGCACCUAUCAAUUCAGCGAGGGCCGGCAUUGCACAAGUCGGACUCGAAGAGUCUCUCAUUCCGCGAAGGCUCGGUCGAGCCUCUAUCAAACGAGUGGAGGGCAAGGGACCGGGCAUCCGGAGUUGCUUGUUUACACUUGGAUGGUUGCCCAAACGCAAGUCUCAUCUCGUGCCGAACAUAAUUAG